AUGCGAGAAGGAAAGCGCCACCACAUCAUGAGCCACAAGCAAGAAGAACGACACAUGAUGAAGGAAUACAAGAAAUCUGAAGAUCUGGCGAAGGCAAUCAAGAGAGGUGACUACGGGAGAAUCUCCACCCAUACAAAUCGCGAAGGGAGAAUCGAGUUGAUCACGGACAAAGGGCAAAAGAUUGAAAAGGCGGAGAAGAGGAGAGAGGAAAUGGAGAAGAAGAAGGCUCCUAAUUAUGCCGCUGCUUCUGUCAGAGCUCACGAGGAUGAUCAGUUUCUGGCUCGCUGCGUCCGCCAAGUCGUUCAACAAUACGAGAACCGAAUAGCGUCGGGCCGCCCUUUCCCGCCCCAGGCUGAGAUGACCGUCAAAAUAGAACUUAUCGUCCCUUAUGGGACUCCUCCACACGUAGAAAGAAGAUUGAUUGAGGAAACGCCGCAAAGUGAGAUUGACAAGGAGCCAGCUGAGAAGAUCAUUAAAUACUGGAGCGAAGAAAUGCUCAAGCAAGAUUUUAUUAUCAAGAAAACGCAGAAGAAUUCGCAUCGACAAUGGUCGAUUCUAGUCGCGCCUUCCGAUAAGUUCAUAAAUUUGCACAAACGUUAA